ACAAUUAUAAUAAUAAAUGUAUUUACAAACAUAAAUAAUAUUGUUUUACAAUAUUAUUUUGUUUCCUAUAUCUCAUAAUCAUAUCUCAUAAUAAUUAAAAAUCGUUAGUCUUUUUUUAGAAUAAAUUAGAGUACAAAAUGUUACUGGCCGGAAACUUUUGCACGCCACUGUAUAUGUAUAACAUCUGAAUUGAGAUUUGCAAGAGUAGCAAUUUUUUUUAACAGUAUAUAAAUUUGUUUUACAGAAAAUGGAUAAUAAAGAAGAAUUAUUAAUAUAUACAUUAUUCGUAUUAAUUAUGGGCAUAUACAUAUAUGGGCAUAUGUAUAUAAUUAAAAAACGACAAUCUUUUCGUUGGACAAAUAGAAAUUAUUGGGUGCGUCCAAUUAAUAUAAGAAGACCUAAUCAAGGAGAUUUUUAUCAAUUAUUCCAAGAAUUGAAAGACGAUCCUGAUAUGUUUUUUAGAUAUACAAGAAUGAGUUUGUCUAUUUUUGAUGAACUUUUGGAAAUAAUAAAACCAUUUUUAAUAAAAAGAAAUUAUCGAGCAUUAGUGCCUGAACGUCUUGCUAUAACUUUAAGAUAUCUUGCCACUGGAGAUCAAGUUUUGUCAAUUGCACUUGCUUAUCGAAUUGGUGAAUCAACAGCAAGGAAUAUAAUUAAGGAAAUUUGUGAUAUCAUUAUAAACCUAUUAGCACCACUAUAUCCAACUGAACAAGAAUGGAUUUAAAUAUGUCAGGGAUUUUGGACAGACUGGAAUUUUC